GAAGUUACUGCCUCGGCUUAAUCAAGCAACGCUUCUCUUAUUUCAGCAGGCGUGGCAUAUUCAGAGCUGCUAAUUUUGGAUAAUUAUGCUUUUUCAAUCUUUGACUAAUUUUCUCAGAAAAAGGAAGUACUAUUUCCACCAUUUGAACACGAAAACAGAAAGGAAACAGCGCCACCGCAUGCACGUUAACAUUUGCUCAUUCUUCUGCCAUUUCCUCUUCCUUCGGAUUCGGCCGCUGCCCAUAAGUAUUGCUGUCGGAAACGGGGAUGGAGCAGACUCUGAUUUGAUGCUCAGAAGAAUCGCUAUCUAGGGCAAAAAAUGAUCGGACAGGAAGUUCAUGCUCACCUGCAACACAAAAGUUCAACAGGGUUCAGGCUUUCUCAAGUACGCGUAGUUUCCUUCUUUGCAGCUCCCCGGGCUACAAGUUCAAGCACAAGAAGUUGUACCACUUCACAUUAGUAGUGAUGUCUGUCGAAUUACAAUAGUUAGUUUGGUAAGUUUGACUUCAUACUUUCCUUUUGAGGCGAUAUUCACAUUAUCACUGAGAUUUGUUUCUCCACCGUCAAGUAGAUAAUCAUUCGUUUUUCAAUAUUAUUACAAGGGGAAACCCGAAGCGCACUCCUUUUUCAGUUUCUGUUUGUAAUUCUUCUCUUGCUUUGCCGGAGCAGCCGCCCGCUUUCGAACCUGAUCAGGAGGAUGGUCAAAGAAAAGUUACAAAUGUGCAAACUCUAGUGAGGAGGUUGGGAAAGUGGCCGCUCCAUAUUGGUUCUCAGAUGAUAAAGUUGGGUCCGUUGCCGGGUUGCUGCGGUUUUUGCCACUGCUCAUAUUGGAAUUCCAGUGAGCACAUUGCUCCGUGCUUUCUUAGUUGUUACCUCAAGGAUCGUAAGGCAACCCGGCCUUUGAGCUGUUGUUUACCGGAGCGUAAUAGGAUCUCCAAAUUGCGAGAGAUUUUGCAGAUGAUGUAUUAGUUGGUCCUUUGGUGAACACUGAGGAAAUACUUACCAUGGUGCUGCAGAGGUGUUCGCAUGCAUGUUUGAUACAGAGCUUUUCGUUUUUCUGAAUUUCUUGUCAAUAAAAUCUAGUUUAAUUUUUGCAGCUUCUAUUGUUUUAGUUCAUAUUAGUGUAUAUGACUAGUGAGGAAGAUAAUAGAGGAAAUGGUAAAUACAACUUUAACUUGUUUCUUAAAUUAAUAAUUAUAGGUACUUUCUUUCACAAGAUAUUGCUGAAUGUCACAAAAAAGGAGUUCAAAAAUUGAAAAAAAAUUCUAUACAAGAGGAAACGGAAGUUUAACAGUCUAAAUUAGAACUCUGUGUUAGGAUUUAGAUAUUGUGCUUUACCAUUAACAACCAGGGGAAGUAUGCUUUUCUGGCGUUUGAACGCAUUUUCUUCACCAAAAUCUAGGACACUAAAUGACUCUUAAGUAGUUAUUGGGUGAAAGGAUGCUCUUUAACUCUCUUCUUGCUCCCUCUCUCAGUUUGAUUAAGUGCUAAAGUUGUGUUGAUUUUUUUUGUGUGGUUCCUACUGAAUUCUUUGUUUUUCAGGUUAUGUUUUGAGAGAUUAUGCGAAAGAUACUCUUUCUUUAAGAUGGAGAUCUUGGAUAACAAGCUAUUACAUGGAUCGAUAUCUGAAGAAUCAAGCCGUUUGCAAAAUACAAUCUCUGUCUAUAAUUGAUAACCCUGAUCAGCGGAUUGUUAAAGUUCUUUAACUGGAAGUCUGGAACAGCUCUUGCAUUUUCCUUGACAACCUUUAAUGCUACUGUGGACCCGAUAUCUUCCUGCAAUAUCUUAUAUGGGAAAAAGAAAGAAGCAGAUUUCCAAUAUGGACUUGUGCGCAUUAGAGAAAAUGCUGAAUCCAUUGCAUUUUAUGUCUAUGAGGAAAAUGUGAUGUAACUACUGAUGCAGCGGUUCUGAUUUAAAAAUCUUAGUGUGUGGGCAGUUGUAAGAUUCUUCUUUCAGAAACUUUGAAAUUUCACAUCCUUUUGAGCCACUGCAUAUGUAGCUUUUGUUUCUCUCAUACGUGUUUAGAAUUGGGAUUUUUUGUUUCAAAUAGCAUCAGAUCCCAUUGGUGAGGUUCGGGGUGAUCUGACAGCACCCAGAAUUCGGUGGGUUGAUUUCUGGCAUAGUCUUGGGUCUAGAAAACAACGUGAACAGAUAAUUCUGAAACGCAAUCGUAGUCAACUUUUGAUCAGCAGUGUCCUUUGGUCACUCCCUAUGGUGAACCUUGAGCAAGGCCAGUGGUGGUCCACUGGUUGAUACUUCGCAUAACUAAAUAGUAGAAGGGAAGGCAACUCUUGAAGAUCUUUUUUACGAGUAACAAGUUAUAUAUUUGACUUCAGAUCCAGGACAACUGAGUUUGAAAGAAAAUGCCUGAGGAUAAAUUGAUAAGAGUUCACCAACGUUGUCAAGCUGACUAAUUGUAACAUUGUUUUAUUUCCUGUCUGUUCAUUCUUUAAAUUCUGGUUAUUAGUAGUUGCUAAACCAUUAGAGUUAUAAGCUUUAUCAUUGUAACUUAUUAUUUUUAUUUUUGUGCCAUCUUUAACUUUAUAGAAGUUGUUGAUAUCUUCCAGAAAUCUGGAAUUCUUCACAAAUGGGUACUUGUACCUGAUCCAGAUUCUUCCAGCAGCAGUUGUUGCACCCAUGUAUUUCUCUGGCAAAUUGAAUUUGGAGUCGUUAAUCAGUCCGUGUCUGCUUUUAAUGACAUACUUGGAGAGUUUCCUCUCAUUGUCAAUUUCAGGCUAUCAGUUCCUUUUCUGUCAUUAAUCGGUUAGGUACAGUUUUUUCUGCCCUUUGAAAAUUGUUCAGUCUCUUUAUCAUCAUGAAGAGAGAUAAAUGUUGGCGCAAAUCAGUAAUUUUAUCAAAUGCAUUUGAAAUAGCGUAGCUUCUCAUAUAUUAUGAGAAAAAAUGUCCUCCAAAUGGAAGGAAACUUCUUGAGUAAUUGGAUGGCUGAAUUUAUCAUACCAUACAGGUCCAAAAUCAGUAAAGAAACCUCUUUCACUUUAGUGUCCUUAAUCACAAAAAACUUGACAUGAUAGGUCUUGACAUAUAAACUUGCUUUAUAAUUUUUUUUGAUGUAUUUAUAUAUCAGGUGAAUUUGAUGAUCUUUUAAGCAAGUGAUAUCAGAAGUGACAAUGAUCCCAUGGAAGAAAUUUCCCGUGAAUUUUGCAAUAUUAACAAUCGUAGUACCCUAAUGGAUCUGUCCCCACUGUAAGUGGUUUGAAAUUACUAAAGAUUGUGCACUUGAUUGUAUGACCCCGUGUAAAGCGACGUUAGGGACUACUCUUUGGAGAUCUGUGAGAAGGACCAUCUUCUGGUUAGUAUUUGUUAUUCAUCUUUGAGAUUUCAGCUUAAGAUUUUAAGAACGUUUAACGAUGGAUGAAUUUGCUGGUUUAUUGCUGCAUUAAGACAUUGUAUGACAGGAACACGAGGGAUUCAUUGCCAUGCCUUUCCGCAGACAUUUAGCCUCUGCACUGUUAUGCUUUCAAAACCGAAUUUUGUUCUGUUGGACGAAUCUACUAAUGCGUUAGACGAAGCCAACAAGGUAAACAAAUGCAUUUUGGUUCUUACCCGGUUUCUGUAUGUCUGCGUUCUUUAUUGUAUUUAUCUAAGAUAAUUAUUUUAGACUCGAUCUGAGCCCCCAGAAUAUAGCUGCGGGCUGCGGUCACUUUCUUGUAUAUCUUCAGACCCUAUGCAGCUAAACUAUCUGCUUUCUGGAAUAUCUGGGAAACAAAAAUUUAUACGGACACAGAUCAGUUUUACUCUGUUCAAGCUUCCAAAUUUGGUUGGCCAUCAUUCUCCACUCAUGUUGCAUCAAAGUUUUGUUUAGCAAAACAAACAGUUUGCGUAAGUUCUUUCUGCUUCAAUACCAAGCACAUUGAUAUGAUUUGUUUAUAUAGAUCUUGGUGUUAGCUUCUUGCUGUAUCAUUUGUAUGCAAUGAUUGGAGUGUUACUCAUGUUCCCCUUCCUUAACGGUGCAGUUAUUUCCCGUCCAGAGACUAUUAGCUGGAAUAUGUAUCAGUUUAACUUAACUAACUUGAUUUGUGUCUUCUUCAUUACUGGGUCCUGAUUUAGGCAUCUACCACUUUAUAGUUCUGACUUUUUACGCGCAACUUCUGUUUGCAGGCGCAUUUAUAUAAGCUAAUUGAAGCUGCAGGGAUCACUUAUAUCAGUAUUUGCCAUAGGAGAACCCUCUACAAACACCAUAAGAGCAUUUUACACAUAUCCCCAUUGGAACCAACAUGAACCGUACCUAAUUGGCAUUUUGAGCCCCUGUAAAUUGGGGGAACGCUCACCUGCUCCUCACUAAUUUCUCCUCAUCUGAUUGUCUUCUUUUCCAUUUCAAGCUUCGCUUCCCAACCCUAACAAAGCUGCAGGAAAUUAAUUAAUUAAAAUUAGGGAAAUGAUCAUGAGCAGUAGUGGAGAAGGGGAAGAGCAAGGGCAGGGGCAGCUAUCAGUUCCACCAGGUUUCCGCUUCCAUCCAACCGACGAGGAACUUUUGUAUUAUUACCUCAGGAAGAAGGUCUCCUACGAACCCAUCGAUCUGGAUGUCAUCAGAGAGGUCGAUCUCAAUAAACUUGAGCCUUGGGACCUCAAAGAGAAAUGUAGAAUCGGAUCGGGUCCCCAAAACGAAUGGUACUUUUUCAGCCACAAGGACAAGAAGUACCCGACGGGAACCCGAACCAAUCGGGCAACAGCGGCGGGUUUCUGGAAGGCGACGGGCAGGGAUAAGGCCAUCCACCUCACCAACUCCAAGCGAAUUGGGAUGAGGAAAACCCUUGUUUUCUACACGGGUCGAGCCCCUCAUGGCCAGAAGACUGAUUGGAUCAUGCACGAGUACCGUUUGGACGACGACACUGCUCCUCAUGAAAUCCAAGAAGAUGGUUGGGUAGUCUGCCGAGUGUUCAAGAAGAAGAACCACACCAGGGGUUUCCACCCCGACCUGGAUCCGGAUCAAGAACCCGUUUUACCUUUCAACGCCGGCGGUGUUUGUCCGCUGGAGCCGCCGAAGCAGGACUCCGAUAACCAAGCCCAAUACAAUAGCUUUGCGUUUGAUCACAACCAUUCGUCCAUGCACCUCCCACAAUUACUGAGCCCCGAAUCAACGUUGCACGCUUCAUUCUUGUCAGCACUUCCAUUGAGCACUACAAUGGACGUCGCGCAGGCUCCACACAACUUGUUGAGACUAACACCAGCUGGAGCCGGGCCUUCCACCACCCCCUCCUCUGGUCUCAUGCAGCAGCCGGAGAAAUUUUCCGGCGACUGGUCAUUUCUGGACAAGUUAUUGGCUACACAGCAGACCAUGGAUCAUAUCAGCAAAUGCCACCAGUUCCCACAGGUUUCCGAUUUGAUUCCUCCGGCUCAGAGAUUUCCAUUUCCUUACCACAGUUUUGAACCCGAUUUCUCGAAAUAUUCCAAGUAGUUUUUCGUGUUAAUUGUAAUCAAGAAGUUUAUGCUAUGGCCCAGAUGGCUAAUCGGGCUCCACCCCUGCAAUCGAAUUGUUUGCAUAAUUCAAGUAUUUGGCUCAUCAUUUAAA